AUGAAAGUCGGUUUACAUGAUAAAUUAUAUGAAGUGGAAUCAAUCAGUAGUGAUGACUUUGCGUUUUUGCUGCCACUGGAUCAACCAAUCUAUAUACUUGAAACUUCAUUGAAACAUGUUCUUCCAGCAGAUCAUUUUGAGGAGAUCAAAAAAUCUGAGAAUUCUGUUAUAAAACCUGGUAUAACAUUUAUUAAUGAUGAUAUCCAACAUCAAGCAUUGAAGAUAUUAAGAAAUGAUAAAGAGAUGGGAUCUGAAGAUGGUCUCCAUGGACGUGAUGGAGGAAUUAUUGGAAUAAUUACUUUACUUUCUGACACAGAAUCAAACAGAAAUAUUACUAGUAAUAGCACACUGAAACGUAAACGUGUUGAUGCACACAUCAAUAACAUCCCUAUAGUAUUGAUAGAAGAGAAGGCUGAUAAAUCAGAUAUUGAGAUAGCCAGGACAAAAAUUAAGGAGAAAUUUGCAUGGGCUCCACAUUAUCGAAAAUUGUCAUUUAUAAUUGGAAUUGCAGUGGCACAAGAUAUUAUUUCAUUAAACACACUAAAUCGUGCUAAACAAUUAAAUGAACAUCAUCGAAUGAACAUUGGUGACAAAAGGAAUGCUAUAUGUUGCAUACAAGCUUGUGUUAAUAUAGCUCGUUACUGCAAGUGGGCUGUAACACAGGUUGGACCACCUCCUCACUAUCCAAUUGGAGUAUGUAAUAUUCGCAAGACUGCAGGCAGUACUUGGGGUCAUAAAUUAACUAUCUUUCAUUCCAAUGUAAUCAAAAUAUAUACUGGUAUACCUUUACAUGAAAAGAAUAGAAUUAUUAAUUUUUAUAAAGCAACACUAAACAUUCUAUUUUUGGAGGUAGUCUAUGCACGAGAUGACACUACAAAACCUGGAGAGCUUAAGCUUGAAAUCACACCUGUGGGAAUUGCAAAUUCAGUGAGCACAAUUGAUGAUUUAUGUAUUGCUAUGUUUUGUGUUGUAAAUUGUGUUUCCAAGGUCCAUAAAUGUGGUUGGAGCAUAAUUGAUUUGCGUUGGCCUAACAUUAUUGAAGAAGGAGGCAGUUUCCACAUUAUUGAUGCUGGUGAGUUUGCUCAAGAGCAUGGUAAGAGUAUACAUAAAGACCAAUUGAAAUUCUAUGAUCCUAAGGAUGCUGAUUCCUGCACACCAGCUACAGAUAUUUACAUGAUAAUAAAAAUGAUGGAUGAAAUGGAUGACUUGUGGCGGUCUAAUGGAAAUGCUGUUGACUUUUACAAUAAAUUGAAAGAUUGUUACAAAAAUAAUUCAUUGGAAUCUAUUUUAGACCAU